AUGCUCUUACCGCGGACAGGUCGAUUUCGUGGUCAAUGGCAUCGUCGAAGAUAUGGUCUGUUUGGCCAGUUUCUUGUCAUAUUCCUCCUUCUCCUCUUCCUCACCUCUCGGUUUCGCUCGAGCCCAACCAAGACCCCAAGUGCAGUCCCAUCUCGCGCGCCCCGUCCUACGAGUCCUCUCCUCAAAAGCCAGGCUUCCUUCUGGCGAGAUCUAUAUCUUCUAAUCUUGAACAAUGACCCGAAUUGUGACCAUCCACCGGACCCGGUGGUGCCUCAAAAGCUGGAUAUCGGAUAUGAUCCUUCUCACAACCACCAGAGACCUGACAUACUGUUCAUGGAGUCCAAGGACAUCAAGCGCAUGAGAGAGGCCCAUUCCAACUUUAUCAAUGACUUGAAGAAACACACCCCCCAAAUGCCCUAUGAUCCGGGCAGCCGAGGGCUGGUUAUGACCGCAGGCUUCAAACAACUGCCCGUCCUGGUCAUUUCCAUCCGCAUGUUGCGCAGGACGUGGUGUCUGUUGCCAGUCGAAGUAUUCGUAGCCGACCCGGACGAGUACGAUGAGGAGAUCUGUACCAAUGUCCUGCCGACGCUCAAUGCGAAGUGUUUGGUGUUGCAAGACAUCUUCCGGGCCGCCGAGUCGGGCGUCGCCAUCGAUCGUUUCCAGUACAAGAUCAUGGCCAUUCUCUUUUCGUCCUUCGAGGAAGUACUACUGCUCGACUCGGAUGCCUUUCCAAUCUACAACCCAGUCUCCCUGUUCGAGCAAGAGCCCUUCAAGAGCACGGGCAUGAUCGUAUGGCCGGACUUCUGGUUCGCUUCGGAAUCCCCGUAUUAUUUCGAGAUCGCCAAGAUCGACGAUAUCCCACCGUUGAACGUCAGGGCCUCAGUCGAGUCCGGUGAGCUGCUGUACUCGAAAUCCAAACACAACAUGUCCAUCAUGUUGGCUGCGUACUACAACUACUACGGCCCGACGUAUUACUAUCCGCUCCUGUCCCAAGGCGCGCCGGGCCAAGGAGACAAGGAGACGUUCGCCUGGGCAGCCACGGCAAUGAACGAGCCAUUCUACGCCGUCCACGAACGAGUCAUGGCCCUGGGCCGAUCCGAUUCAAACGGCCACUACCUCGGCAGCGCCAUGGCCCAGCACGACCCCAUCGCCGACUGGGUCUACACCAAAAUCAACGGCGCGCCUCACGAACGACUCAAGGAAGGAGAAGCCACAAACGUCAACCCCUUUGAUAUCACGCCGACGGAGGUGCGGCCUUUCUUCAUCCACGCCAACUUUCCCAAAUUCGACCCUUCGACAAUCUUCGGUCAUCAGAUGCGUGGGUUCGAGGACCAGGUCACCGGCCACGGUGGCCCGACGCAUGACUCCAACGGGACGGCCGUGCGGUGCUGGAUGAGCGAACAGCGGGCCAACGAACUAUUUGGAUUUGACGUCGAGCGUGGCUUCUGGGAGGAAAUCAUGGGCACCGCCUGUGAGUACGAGCACCAGUUUGGCUGCUGGCAAGGCCUAGAAGGUAUUUGUGGCCGGGUCAGGGAUUACUACCUCGAAGUGUUCCAUGACGCACCUCGAGAUGGCGGUCGUCGUCGACCUCGGCCCGAAGGCUCUCCUUGA